CCAUUAAAAACGGUAGAGGAGAGUGAGUGGGCAGCGCGCGACAGAGAACUCCGCGACAGCUCGCGUUCUACUGUCGGCCCAUGAUCCACCGCGGGGGGAAGGAGGAGGAAAGGGAGAGAGAAGAGGCUGCCGCGUCUUGGGGCCUUCGAUGAGGAAGGCUUGCAGUGCGCCUGCGUGCAGCAGGCCCCUGCUCUGUUGCUUUUCGCGUUGCUGUCUCCUUCAGCGUGUGGCCUGCAGGACUGUUGCCGCUGCCAAUAAUCAUAAUACCAUCUCUUCUGCUUGAGCUCAAAAGACUGACUGGUACCUGCCCGCCCUAGCCGGCGCUCAGUGAGGAGCUUGGAAGAAACCCCUUUUUUGUUGCUCUCCUACUGCUGCCGCCGCCGCCACCAGCGGCCAUGGGUCCCACGUCCCUGCUAUGGAGGCGGUACUGGCGGCGGCGGUGGCUGAGCGACUGAAGGCGGAGUGCUGUGGGGGAAAAAACAGGAGGAGAAGGAGAAGGCGGCGGCGGCAGAAGAGGGGAUCUCUGUGUGGUGUCGUGCUGACGGUGUUUUUAACCCUUAGAUGGUCUCUAGCGAGCCGUUCUUGCUGCCUGUGUCACUGGAGGGCGAGUUCUCCAAUAGUAUGAAGGAGAUGAUCGGCGGCUGCUGCGUUUGCUCCGACGAGAGGGGCUGGGCCGAAAAUCCUCUGGUUUACUGCGACGGGCAUGGCUGCAAUGUCGCAGUGCAUCAAGCAUGCUAUGGAAUUGUACAAGUACCCACUGGACCUUGGUUUUGUAGAAAAUGUGAAUCUCAGGAAAGAGCAGCUAGAGUGAGAUGCGAGUUAUGUCCUCACAAGGAUGGUGCUUUGAAGAGGACUGAUAAUGGAGGUUGGGCUCAUGUGGUUUGUGCUCUGUACAUUCCCGAGGUGCAAUUUGCAAAUGUUUCUACAAUGGAACCUAUCGUGUUGCAGUCUGUCCCUCAUGAUCGUUACAACAAGACAUGUUAUAUAUGUGAUGAGCAAGGCAGAGAAAGUAAAGCAGCCACUGGUGCUUGCAUGACUUGUAACAAGCAUGGAUGUCGCCAAGCUUUCCAUGUAACAUGUGCACAGUUUGCGGGACUUCUUUGUGAAGAAGAAGGUAAUGGUGCAGAUAAUGUCCAGUAUUGUGGUUACUGUAAAUACCAUUUCAGUAAGCUGAAAAAGAGCAAACGGGGAUCUAAUAGGUCAUAUGAUCAAAGUUUAAGUGAUUCUUCCUCUCACUCUCAGGAUAAGCACCAUGAGAAGGAGAAAAAAAAAUAUAAAGAAAAGGAUAAGCAUAAACAAAAACACAAGAAGCAAUCAGAUUCCUCGCCAUCUCUGGUUCCUUCUCUCACUGUAACUACAGAGAAAACUUACACAAGCACUACCAACAACUCUAUGACAGGCUCAUUGAAGAGGCUGGAAGAUACCACAGCUCGCUUUACAAAUGCAAAUUUCCAGGAAGUGUCUGCACAUGCUUCAAGUAGUAAAGAUGCUGCAGAGGCCAGAGGUUCAGAGAGCAAAGGGAAGAAGUCAGUGGGUCAUAAUUCGGGUCAAAGGGGAAGAAAGCCUGGUGCUGGAAGGACUCCUGGAGCUACAGUGUCAGCAGCUUGUACUUUUCAACAAGGAAGUUUUUUGGGAACUCCCAGUAGUAUAAAGUCAUCUUCUGGAAGUUCAGUUCAAUCUCCGCAGGACUUUUUGAGUUUUACAGACUCAGAUCUCCGUAAUGACAGCUAUACUCAUUCCCAGCCGACAUUGUCAACCAAAGAUGUACAUAAAGGAGAGACUGGAAGCCAGGAAGGGGGUGUAAAUUGUUUUACUUCCUUAAUUGGUCUUCCUUCAACUUCAGCUGUUGCCUCCCAGCCUAAUAUUUUUGACAGCUCACCUGGAGAGUUGGGUAAUUCAAGUCUUACAUCAACAGGAUACAAGCGUGUUCAAUCCUCUAGGACAGAAGAUGAAACUGUAAAGGAAAAGAAACGGAAAGGAAAUAAGCAGUGUAAACAUGGGCCUGGUAGGCCAAAAGGAAAUAAAAGUCAGGAGAAUAUUUCCCACCUAUCAGUUUGUUCUGCCUCCCCAACGUCAUCUGUGGCAUCUGCUGCAGGAAGCAUAACAAGCCCUAAUUUGCAGAAAUCUCCAACAUUGCUUAGGAAUGGAAGUCUACAAAGUCUCAGUGUUGGUUCCUCUCCUGUUGGUUCAGGCAUUUAUAGCAGUAAUGAUGUAGCAGUGUCAUUUCCAAAUGCAGUGUCUGGCUCAGGAUCUAGCACUCCUGUUUCCAGUUCACAUUUACCUCAGCAAUCUUCUGGUCACAUGCAGCAAGUGGGAACUUUGUCUCCAUCUUCUACACCUUCCGUAACUACAGCUGUUGCUACAUCUCAGGCAAAUACCCUACCUGGAUCUUCCCAUAGCCUGCCUCCAUCUCAUAUGUAUGGCAAUAGGCUGAACCCCACCUCAACAAUGGGCGCACUUACAUCUCAGUCUGAAAACAGUCAAACAGAUCAAGAUCUUGGAGACAAUAGCCGGAGCCUUGUUGGUAGGGGAGGUUCACCCAGAGGAAGCCUUUCACCACGACCGAGGAAUGAAAGAAUUAGAAUAAAGGACAGAAUAAAGAGAAAUUAUUCUUCUUGCUUAAGGUCUCCUGUAAGUAGUUUACAGAUUCGUUAUGAUCAGCCAGGGAAUAGCAGUGUGGAGCAUUUGCCCCCAGUCCCAAUUACUAUAGAACAACUUCUGGAGAGGCAAUGGAGUGAAGGGCAACAGUUCUUGCUAGAACAAGGCACCCCUAGUGACAUUCUAGGCAUGCUGAAGUCAUUGCACCAGCUUCAAGUUGAAAAUCGCCGCUUAGAAGAACAGAUUAAAAACCUGACUGCUAAAAAGGAACGCCUCCAGCUACUAAAUGCCCAGCUUUCGGUUCCUUUCCCAACAAUAACCUCCAAUCCAAGUCCUUCACAUCAAAUACAUACAUUUUCAGCUCAGGCUGCUGCUAGCACUGAUUCUUUGAACAGCAGCAAGAGCCCUCAUCUGGGAAGCACCUUUCUACCUGACAAUUCCCUUCCUGUAUUAAAUCAGGAGAUAAACUCCAGUGGACAAAGCACCAGUAGUUCUUCUGCUCUUUCCACUCCCCCACCUGCUGGGCAAAGUCCAGCUCAGCAAGGCACCGGAGUCGCAGGAGUUCAACAGGUCAAUGGUGUGACAGUGGGGGCACUUGCCAGUGGAAUGCAGACUGUAACAUCUUCCAUUCCUGCCAUUGGUGGAAUAAUUGGAGCUCUGCCAGGUAACCAGCUGGCAAUCAAUGGAAUUGUUGGGGCUUUAAAUGGGGUAAUUCAGACUCCUGCCACGAUAUCGCAGAAUCCUCCUUCUCUCACUCACACAACUGUGCCACCAAAUGCAGCACAUCCUCUGCCAACUACUUUGAGUAACAGUGCCUCUGGACUUGGGUUUCUUCCGGACCAACAGAGACAACUUCUGCUACAUCAACAGCACCAGCAGUUUCAGCAGUUACUAAAUACUCAGCAAUUCACAUCAGAACAGCAUCAGGCUCUUCUGUAUCAACUAGUUCAGCAGCAACACCACCAACCUGAAGUACAGCAACUGCAGCUUUCCGGAGCAACACAGAUUCCCAUCAAUAACUUGUUGGCAGGCAAUCAGGCAUCUCCACUUCAUACAACUACAGCUAACCCAUUCCUUACCAUUCAUGGGGAUAAUGCAGCUCAGAAAGUAAGUAGACUCAAUGAUAAAAGUGGACCAGUUGCACCGGAAAAGAAUUGACAUUUAGGAAAAUAAAAAUUGAAAAUUAUGUACCCUGCUGUGAUAGCACUUCAUCAGGUUGCAAGUUGCCGUCUCUCUGCAGAUAUGACUAGAUGCAACAAGGAGCUAACUGCACACUGGAAAAGUAAAUCUACCUGAAGACAUUUAUUGUAAGGCUUACCUUGUUGCUUUUUGUUGCACUGAAACUUGACUUUUUUGUCAGAUGUCUUGGACCCUUUAAAGUAUUUUGCAAAUCAGAGUUGUUGCAUGUGAGAGUUGUCAGUUCUGACCAUUCAUUUGAAUUUUGCUGCUGAACUAGUAGCCUUUUAACAUACCAGAGUGCUAAUGAACAGACUGCCCCUACCUGUCUCAGUUCCAUUACUUAUUUGAAGAAAGCAAGCCAAAUUGCAAUAUCUGCCAAUGACAAGUUGUUGCUGUUUAGUUAAACGCCAGUGUUUUCAAAGUAUGUUUUUUUCCCAAUAAAGGACCAGGUUUUAAGCUUUUUCCUUUUUUCUUAACUUUAAUGGAUGCUUUGCUAGAGCAAGAACACUCAAGUAAUGACAAAUGGUGGCUUACGCUCAAUUAGAUUUUUUAAGGUUGCUGGAGAAAACAGAUCAGUUCAAAGAUGAAAACUCUUACCAGACAAGAAAGCAACUCAUGUUCUGGUAAUAUUUGAAUUAACCCAAGUGCCUGUUGCUUACCUCUGUUGGAUUGGAAUGGCUUUAUACAGCUGGGCAUGCACUAAACACAUCUUUGUAAAAGCUGUGAGUGUGUUCAACCUUGCACCAGCAGCCUUCCCCAUUGAUCUGCCUUUAUUAGAAGUGUUUGUCACUGUAGAUAGCUCAGGCAAAUAGUUACCUGGGUUGCUUUCCACUAAUAAAUUACCAAAAAAAAAGAACUGGGUAGAGAUUUCACAUUUCUAAGGAAAUGUUGUAAACGGGUGAGAAAAAGUAUUUGAAUAUUUUCACUUUGGAUAGUUGAUUUUCAUGGUAUGACUAUGCAGUAUAGCUGAAGAUGGACUGAAGUUGUUUAAUGGCCGCUAAUCUGAAUUUGUGUGAAUUAUUAGUGGAAAAUACUCAAGUAUACUUAGACCUUCACUGUGUACUUAAUUGGAUGAACCUAUUGUUUCUGCAAUAUAGUUUGGUUAAACAUUGCACAGUUCUUACCUCAUUUCUGUAAAUAAGGUUUUGUGGCUGUUUUUGUAUUGUGGAAAAUUCAUAAGGUGGGUAUUUUGAUUUGUAAUAUUUCUAAUUGGUAGAUUUAAUUGAAAAGUAAAUAAUUUAUUUUUAUAUGUUCAUGGGAAUUUUUAAAAAGUCACAAAUCACUUUUGUAGAUAAUUUACUAAAGUAAAUCAGUGUGGUUUAAUUUACUUAAACCACUCUUAAUAUUCUGUAACAAUUUGUACAAAUUGUUGCUGUUUUGCCUAG